UUGUGAAGAUGCCGGUGGGGAGCUCGGCUCUGAACGGUCAGUGCAGUGAGCGUUGAGGCCGUUGGUAUGUCGCUGUUCCGCUGUUGCCGAUCGUUGGGGAUUUUACUGCAGUUACAGGCGGUCGGUCGAAGGCCUUCCUUAAUUGGGAGGUGUGUCCGGAGUGUCAGCACUGAGGCUGGAGGCUCGUAUCGCUGCUAUGGCCUGAGUCACCGGCAGCUGCUGCGGCUCCAGGGCCGGGACACCGGCCCCUUCCUGCAGGGUCUCAUCACCAACGACGUCGAGGACGUGGUGAGCGGGCGCCGGGAGGCAAUCUACUGUCAUCUCCUUAACUUGCAGGGGAGGACAUUGUUUGAUGUGAUUCUGUACAGGUUACACAAAAGCCAAAAUGAAGAGCCAUCCAUUCUCCUGGAAUGUGAUGCCACAUUACUUGAUGCUAUUCAGAAGCAUUUUAAAGUUUAUAAAAUUCGAAGGAAAGUGGAGAUAUCCCCUUGUCCCGAGCUUUCCCUGUGGACAGUGCUCUCAUUGGAACCGUCAGCCAAAGCUGGCAGUGCUUUAGAAGUAAAUGCAAAGAAAGUGGUGGUGUGCACCCGCGAUCCUAGGACUGAUGCCAUGGGAUGGCGAUUAGUAUUGAGCAAAGUCGACGAUCCUUUGGCCGUUGUCCCAGGAAGUCAUCUAGGAGAUAUCCAGGACUACCAUAGAUAUCGGUAUCAAAUAGGAAUUGCUGAAGGUGUGAAGGACCUUCCAUCUGGAGAAGCAAUACCUCUGGAAUCCAAUCUAGUUUAUAUGAAUGGAAUCAGUUUCACUAAAGGCUGUUACAUUGGGCAAGAGUUAACAGCUCGGACUCACUACACAGGUGUGAUUAGGAAAAGAUUGAUGCCAAUACAACUGGACAACCCCUUACCACCUGGCAGUGUUCCUGAAAAGGCACAGAUUGUGACUGAAUCUGGAAAAUCAGCUGGAAGGCUCAGGAAUUAUACCGGUGAUGUUGGCUUAGCCAUGGUUCGACUGGCCUUUGCAAAUGAACCACUUCACCUGCGAACAAAGGGCGAUGCUCACGUAUCGUUGAAGGCAUCAGCUCCAGAUUGGUGGCCAACUGAUGAAAAUAAAUGAAAAAAUGUUUUGUAUUGAAAACCACACUUGGUGGCAAGGUAUUUUCCUAAAUAAACAAUUGGAUUUGUGAAAGCUUUUUUGAGUUUUCAUUAACCCAGUAUUGCAGUUUCGCCUUCUGAUUAUUCUCUGGAACUCUCCUGGCAGUUUGCUGGGAUGAAUGUCUAAAAGGAACAUGAUUUAGUUGUCUGCAGGAAUCUUAUUUGAAACCUCUUAAGAACUGGUUUUAAUUUUGAAACCAUUUGAGCAAUGUAAGUGCUAACCAGUGGAAAUGUAUUAAUAUGUGAAGAAUGGAAUAACUACAUUUCACAUGGAUAGUAAUAUUGCUAGUUUUCACUUGUUUAUGUGAUGACCAUUAUUUUGUACCAUUAUUUGUUCUCUGACCAACUGACUCUGAGAUCCAGGGCCUGACCUUGAGCCCCAGCUGAGAACAGCAGCAGGCGGUUGCUAAAGUUAGCAGUGCUGCCCUGUGUGCUUGCUCUCUGGCUCCAUCCUGCCUUGUAGGGGAGGGAAUGAUAGGGCUGUGUUAACUAAUCCCAGUCACUGUUCUUCAACUCAUGUCCAGUCAGCCUGUCAGUUCCAAGAGGUGGUAGGAAUCAGCUUGGCUGUGUGGAGUCAGCCUUGUGUAUGCAGAUCAGGAGUCUAAGCCUACAUGGAGCACAUUGUCCUCUGUCCUCUUCCUGAUCGCAGCAGCAGUCACAGGUUGUCUGGUAGAAAUUUUCCUUUGCAAGGUGGCUGGCUGCAAGAGUGGCUUUCAAAAUGUGAAAGUAUUAAGAUAGUAUACCUCUGUUUUGAUGCUCCCCCCCUCCGUGUAUAGGCAUCUUUGAAGGUAGAAAGCCUCUGAUCCUCCAGCCUUGACCCAACUUCUGAGUAUUAAUUAGUGCAUCCAAGUAAAACUCACUGAGUGAUUGUUUCCUAUAUAGGGUGAGCCUUUGACCACUGUUUGAACUUAAUGGUGGGAAAAAUCCAGACCUAAGCUUCAGGAAAAGGAGUAGAACAUUUAACCUCUUGUGCCUGCCUUGCCAUUUUAGAUUAUGGCUGAUCAUCUGCCUCGAUGUCUUUUGCUGCAAUUUCUCUAAAUAUCUUCGAUGUCUAGAAAUCCAUCCAUGUCUUUUUAUGAACAGAAUUAACUGACUACCCUUCAGCGCUCUGGGGCGUAGAAUUCCAAAGAUUCGUUAUCUCUUGAGUGAAGAUAUAUCUGUAAUUUUAGACAUAAAUGUGUCUCUGCUAAUUAUGAGACUCUGUCUCCUAGUUUGUCACUCCACUCCAAGCCAUAAGAAAACAUUUCUUUUACAUACGUCCUAACCCAUCCCUCAUGAAAAAUAAUCUUUUAUUGUAAAUGAGAGAAUAGAGGCUCAGUAAAGUUUCUGCAACCUCCCCAUGCAAACAGACACUCCUUUGGAAUUAGUCUGCUGGAUCUCCGCUGCAUAUUCUCUUUAGUGAGUAUAUCCUCCCUUGUGUAAGGGAACCAAAACUGUGCACAACACUCAGCUGUGGUUCACCCAGCAUUCUAUUCAAUUGCGGCAAAAUCUUUACUCCUCUGUUCUAACUCUCUGCCGGUGAAGGCCCAACAUAUCAUUUGGUUCCUAAUUGCUUGCUGCCCCAGUAUAUCAGCUUUUGCUGAUUUGAACAACUUUUUUUGUACAUAUGUUUAUUUAUAAUUGGUCAUUAAUCUCUCUGACUGUGGGAACCAAAAAAAUUACAUACUCAGUCGAGUUGGUCUUUUGAGAUUGCCUGAGUACAUUGACGAAAUAGAAUGAAGGAACAGAAAUUGCCUUCCUAACUUGGCUGUACCUGGAAUUUCUUGGUGAUAGUAACUGACAAAAAUAUAAAUUGAUUUGAGCAUAAGAUCAUUUGAAAACUUAAUGUUGUACAUUGUUGCUGACUCAGACAUGCAAUAUUAAUGUGACUGGACACAUUUUCCCCAUCUGCUUACGGAAAGCAACAGAUUCCAGACCUGAUUAGUUUCCUGAGUUACAAUAUUAAUUUUUCCCUUAAUUCUUCUUUGGCCCCCUUCCUCCCCCACCAACUACCAGCACCACCCAAUGGAUAGGAAACAUUAUAGCACAUGAUUGCUAGUAUCAAUGUCAGAAUGGUAGCUUAAUGUUUUAUACUUGGGAUGCCUUGCUAGAAGGGAAACUACUGAGUUCUGUCCAGUCAUGUUAAAAGACCAUUGACAUGAAACACUUUCUCUGCUGUCAGACGAGCUGAAUACCUAUGACAUUUUCUUUUUUUUUGUUACCUCCUCUGACCUGCUGAUUUAUUCACAAGGUCAUGUUGAUUAAUUUGAUACUUGGAUGUCAUAUAUGUGCUCUCAUCUUUCUGAUAUCUCAAACGUUUACUUCCGUGAAUGUGAGAGUAUUGUGCAUUUGAUUCUGGAAUAUCACAUGGUAGCUGUCAGAAUAAUGGUGGCCCAGACUUGGCAUUCUGUGAAGGAGAUGAUUAUACACUCCCUCCUCAUUCCUAUGUUUUUCUUUCCUUGGAAGUUGUUUACUGUAGUAACAUGAGUGAAUGCUUGAUACAUCUAUGAUGAUCCAUAUAUAUGGGGUGAAUGGAUUCCUCUGUGCUGCACUGUGCUUGCUUUUGAUCCCAUAUUCCUUGAGGUAACUUCCGAUAGAACAUGGAACCGUAAAACAAAACAGCGCAGAACAGACCCUUCGUCCCAGAAUGUUGCACCGAGCUGUAAACUAAUCUAAACCCAUCCCCCUACAUUAUCCCAUCAUCAUCCAUAUGCUUAUCUAAGGACUGUUAAAUGCCCCUAGUGUGGCUGAGCUAACUAUAUUGGCAGACAGGGCAUUCCACGCCCUUACCACUUUGAGUAAAGAACCUGCCUCUGACACCUGUCUUAAAUCAAUCACCUCAAUUUGCAGCUAUGCCCCUCGUACGAGCCAACGUCCUCAUCUGAGAUGAGCAUAAUAUAUAUAAGUUACCACCAGAGCCACCUUCAAAGCAAUUGGCCUUACUUUAGAAUUCAACCGGACAGUUUCAGUUUUAACAUCCAUAAAUGUUAAAGAUGGGCAUUUUUGAUCCCCCCCAGAUCUAACAUUUAUACUAUGGAUGUUGACUGAAAUGUAAUGUUAAAACUGAUUAAAUGUUGCACGUCUCA